CCGCGUGUUCGGGUCGCCUUUUCUUUUUACUGUGGUCGGUGUACUCGAAAUAGCGUCGCUUGCGUUAGGCGGCUUCCCGGAUCUCGUCGAAGUCGGGGUCGUGAUAUCUCGGGACCGAGAGAACGAAUAUCGUUAGAUACGCACAAGACUGCAAGUACAUACAUACGUCACAUCGGCACGUCUCGUACAUCCUCUGUAAAAAUGCGAACCGAUAGCGGCCACCGAGACGCACAUGCCUCUCCUCUCCGCGAGGCCGGUCAGUUACGUCCUGUUCGCUCUUGGCACGAGAAAGACAGAGAGAGAGAGAGGAAAAGAUCAUUUAGUUUAACUCGAGAUCCGAGCGAGUUGAGAAUUCGGUUUCUCGGGGGGGGUACAAACUCCAAAACUCGAACAUGUGACUUCGCGUGAUAACGGAGUCUUUGAAGUCUUAUCGGUGAUCCCGAAUCGACCUAGACUAUAGAUGCUCCGCGCUCCGACCGUCGCGUUAACGAUCGAUUGUAAAAAAGGGAACCCGGGUAUCGGCGUGAAGUGAAGAAAAAGAAGAUACAGGUGGGGAAAGAAUAUUACAUAUCGGGGUGGAGGGAAUAUUAAGGAGUACACACACGCACACACUACAUAGGUGUAGAGGUGGGUGACACACACAUUUAAGGCUGCCAUGCUUGCGCCCCACCGUGCCCUCCAGCCGUACGCGCAUUUUAUAAGGACUGUACGCUCGUUACAGUCGGCUAGUUAUCACGGAGUCGCGUCAUCUUCGUCGUCCUCGCUCGGCGCUGUGCGGGAGUCCGAUUGCCGACGUCGUCACCUGCUGCGAAAUCCGUCGAUAGAACAACUCGCGAAGACUCUCGGCGCCUCGUUCGCGACAAUGGCAAAGAUAAAGACAGGUCCAGUCGUCGACAUUCUCGGCGAUGAAAUGACACGCAUCAUAUGGGAGUCGAUUAAGGAGAAGCUUAUCCUGCCCUACUUAGACGUUGAAUUGCAUACGUACGACUUGGGUAUCGAAAAUCGCGACGCGACGAAUGACAAAGUGACGGUGGAAUGUGCUGAGGCAAUCAAGCGUUACAACGUCGGCAUCAAGUGCGCCACCAUCACGCCCGACGAGAAGCGCGUGGAGGAGUUCAAACUGAAGCAGAUGUGGAAGAGCCCGAACGGCACCAUCAGGAACAUCCUGGGCGGCACGGUGUUCCGCGAGGCUAUCAUCUGCAAGAACAUACCGCGUCUGGUGGUGUGCUGGAAGGAGCCGAUCAUCAUCGGCAGACACGCGCACGCCGAUCAGUACAAGGCCACGGACUUCGUGGUGCCCGGCCCGGGUAAGCUGGAGAUCACAUGGACCGGCGUCUCCGGUGAGAAGAUCCAGCACACCGUUCACGAUUUCAAAGGACCCGGUAUCGCCCAGGCGCAGUACAACACCGACGAGAGCAUUCGCGCUUUCGCCCACAGCUCAUUCCAAUACGCGCUGUCGCGCAACUAUCCGCUGUACCUGUCCACGAAGAACACGAUCCUGAAGAAGUACGACGGCCGCUUCAAGGACAUAUUCCAGGAGAUCUACGACAAGGAGUACAAACAGCAGUUCGAGGCGAAGAAGAUAUGGUACGAGCACCGGUUGAUCGACGACAUGGUGGCCUACGCCAUGAAAUCCGAGGGCGGUUUCGUGUGGUCGUGCAAGAACUACGACGGCGACGUACAGUCGGACUCGGUCGCGCAGGGCUACGGAUCCCUGGGCAUGAUGACGUCGGUCCUCCUGUGUCCGGACGGCCGCACGAUCGAGGCCGAGGCCGCCCACGGCACCGUCACCCGUCACUACCGUCAGUAUCAGCAGGGCAACGAGACGUCCACCAAUCCGAUCGCUUCUAUCUUCGCGUGGACCCGCGGCCUACUGCAUCGCGCUAAGCUCGACAACAACACGCGCCUGCGACACUUUGCCGAAACGCUGGAGAAGGUCUGCAUCGACACCAUCGAAUCUGGUCACCUCACCAAGGACCUCGCCAUAUGCAUCAAGGGCAUGAGCAACGUCACCAGAGCCGAUUACCUCGAGACGUUCGAGUUUAUGGACAAGCUCGCCGAGAAUCUGAAGAAGCAGCUCAAAGCAUGACUCGUCGGGAAUGAAGAACGUGGCUUACGAGCCAAGUAUUAAGUCAUUACGUAAAUAAUAAAAAAAAAAGAAAAUAUUUACAUGGUUACGGGAAAAAACUAGGCUUCGUUGAGCAUAUAUUAUAUUCAAUUACAUGCAUAUAAGAUUGUCGCUACAGUUACGUCACUUCCUCGGUUUCACGCCAUCGUGACCGUUUGAUUUAUCUUAAAAACAUUAAUCGGACCAUUCGUUUCGCAAAUGUGCCGAUUGCCUCAUAUUUUUCUCGAUGACUAUGUAAAAGAUAUAAAAGGCAAGAUAAUGAUAUUGGCUAAUGAUCGGGCCAAUUAUUCAACUCGACAAAAUAAUCGAUGGUACAAAGUUAUCAUCGAUGGUAGUAGCAUUUCAAAAUUUUAAAAUUUAUACGUCGUUUUCCGAAUGAAAUAAUGGAGCAGACAAAUUUAACAGAUUGAUCAGAUAAAUCGAUUCAUAUUCAUACAGUCAAACAACUGUAUAAAUUUUUAAAUAAAUUUUUUUUAAUCAAAA